CUUAAUCGAGUGUCAUGGCGAAUGUGUUGGUGUUUAUAAAUGUCCGGCGUCAGAAAGGCUGGCAGUCGCACAUCUGGAUGGUACCAGUUUCUUGAAAAAUAUUGACGGCGUGUCUGUCAUGGCUGCAGUGAAAAACAGCGCAAAGAGGGAGGUGGAAUCUGUUAAAGAUUACACUCAGGAGCUGUCAGGCUCUCACACUUCCUCUCCAACCUCCACCACCUCCAGCGAUGACAACAACAGUAUGGGACCACAGCGGUGCCAAUCUUUGGAUGUUCACCAAAGCCUUUUAAAUGGAGCCCAGCCGUACCCAUUUGUCUGCGGCGGUGUCCUGGAUGCCCCCUGCUCAGACGAUUCAUUGCCUUCAGGAGCACUUGUUAAUGGAUCUGCUUCACACUGUACCUCAGAGGAACCCCAUGUCCCCAACAAAGAUGCAUCCCCUUUGCCUGGAACAGACACCAACCCCGAGGUGUUAGAGCCUCCCAGCGAGCUUCAAUCAAACACUUGGCAAAAACCAGACGGGCACUUUACGAACGCGCCAUCCACACAGACCUCAUCAGAGUCGGACAACAGCGGCUGCGAGACUCCCUUGUUGGAAGGUGAUGGAGAUAACGCAUCAAUCGGGCAGCUGUGGACGAGCAACGGCGUGGAGCCGUCGUCCUUAUGGGAUGUUGAUUGCAAUUCGGAGUCAUCAGAGAGUUCCUCCGAUGACUAUGAAGGCCUAAACAGGGGUCUGCGGGAGAAGUUCAUGUACCUUCUGUUAAAAGGCGGGGCGCUUGAUCGAGUGGUGAAAAGAAAGAGAGAAAUAGACAGCCUGCAGCCUUCCAGGAAGCGGGAAAUGCUCAUGAAGCGGGUACCAAGCAAUGGAAAUGUUAACGGUUGUAACGCCAACUCUGAUUGUGAUUCUGGCUCCUUUCUUAUGGAAGGAUCUUCCAUAAUUGAUGAAAGUUUGAAAGCCUGUGCAGGCUCACAUCAAAAGGAUUCCUGUGUCAAGAAAAGCAUAAUGUCGGAUGGCGAAGUAGGUGGGCAAGAUGAAUCCGAUACCCAUGUGGAUGCCAAACCUGCAGCAUUAAAGAGGAGCCUGGAAACUGAGUCGGAGUCUGAGCUGUCGUUCUUCCAGUGUACAAAGUGUGAUGCUAAUUUCAAGGAGAAAAGGCAAUUGCACAGGCAUAUGAUGUAUCAUUUAGACUUGCAUCAUCAAGAAUGGCAAGAGAGCCUGGCGCACCCCUUUAUAUGCAAAGAGUGUGGGCGUUUGUUCCGUGAACGCUCUUUCCUGCAGAAGCACAUGCUGAUCCAUCAGGUACGACGGGAGAAGUUGAUGGAAGAGAUUAAAAGUCUGAACGAAUCAGGACACGAGGGCUCUCGGGGUGAUUACGGAGCCAGCGGUCACCAACCUUGCUCAGGUGGCGCUGAAACUCCUGACCGGGACGAGGACGAAUCUUGUUACAGUCGUGAAGAACCCAAUCACGAAACGUCCACCAAGUCAGAUCUGGAAGCACACCAACGCACGUCUGACCUCAACCCAAGCCAAAGAAGGCUAGCAACAUCCUUUGGCAUGUAUUUCUGUCCAAUCUGCACAUUCACGUCAAAGAGCCGGAGCAUCUUCAGGGAGCACCUGCAACUCGUCCACGAUCGGGCGUUUUCCGAUUACGAACUUCAGUCGGCACAAGGCCACGGUGGGUUAACAAGCCAAAAUAAAGCACACUUCUCACCAAAACCAAAGUUCCUCAAAGAGCUGCAGAACAAAAAAGGUUUAGCAGGGUCCUCCAUGAGGUCCAACGGACUUUCAAACCUUUAUAUUCCAGACAAUGGUGCUCCAGAAACCUGUAAAGGUUUGAACUCACCAGUACGCAAGUGGAGCUUCAGCAGCUUGGCAAACAACCCGUCAGCGUCUUCUCUGCAACGUGACAUGCCAAGUAAGUUAUCUUACUCUGCACAGAGAAAAGGCGUGCCAACGGAUCUGUCGAUUGGUGAAGAGGGCAGUCAAGAACGGGACGCAAACAGUCGUGCCAGUUUUGACAUGGAGUCGUCGAGUUGUAUUAAAUUUACUAACAAUCCCAAAGUGGUGGCAGCGCCAAGUCGAAAAGUCCCCUCAAAAAGAAAAAUGUCCACCCCUUCUCGCAACACCCCUGUGAACACCUUUCUGAUCUCAUCAAAACCUAAACCAGCAUCUUCAGGAAAAAUGUUCUACCCUUUCCACAGCGCCAACUACGAUUCUGACGAUCCCGACCAUUCUGAUCUCAAUGCUAUUGAACAUCACCAAACCCCCUACACCCCUGAACACGUCCUCCAACCGGGACGUUUGCUCCACAGAGUCGGCGACGACAACUUCACGUCAGAGCAAUCGGAUUUCGUCGACAACUCGGAAUAUGAUGAUGAGAUCAGGACUCUAGUAGUAAAAGAGGAGAACAUCGAAACUUCAAUAGGUGAGGACAAUUCAGAAUACCAAGACAUGAGCGAUUCUUACACCAGCUACUCCAUACCCCCCAUGUUCGAAAUGGAACAGAAGUGCUGUCCGUAUUGUCCAGCAGUGUUCGAUUCAGGGGUGGGAUUAUCCAAUCACAUCAGAGGACAUCUGCACAGAUUGGGGCUGAGAUACGAGGCCCGUCACAUGCUGUCGCCCGAACAGGUAGCGUCUCAGGACCAGCAGCCUCGCGUCCGCCGAAGAGUGGCAACCAUCAAACGAAUAAAGAAAGCAACAGAGAAGCCAGCAGCUCAAACCGAGCACACCUGCCCCCUGUGUCUGGGCUGGUUCGACACUAAAACCGGCCUGUCCAAUCAUGUGCGGGGUCACCUAAAGCGCCUCGGGAAGUCGAUCACGGGUGUCAGCAAGUCUCCUCUGUCCAUCCUCAAAGAGCUGCUGCAGGACCGGAAUGAGCACAGCAACAUGCUGCAGGUCCUGGAGCCGAACCUUUACCUCUCCAGACCUUUUAUUUCGCAAAACGAGUUUGCCGAAAACGAGGGUCCGUCUCACGAACCCACUGACGACUCUGAGAUGAUUCAGCAUUACAGCGACGACCUGAUCGCUGAGGAUGAGGAGAUGAAUGAGACCGCGGAGGAGAAGGUCAACGGGGUCACUGAAACCUCAAGUACUUUGGUAGAGCUGCUGAAGGAGCGGCAACCUGACCGGGACCCGGAGGACACGGUUCAGUCCCAGACUGCCAGAGCCCGGUUUAUGGUUCCUUCACUCAAAACCGCUUCUUCCAAAAGUCUCCCCGAGCAGCCGGACCCAUCACGCAGCCAAGAUACAUUGGAACCAAAUAAGAAAGUCUGUAUCCACUGUAAUGCAACUUUCCACAGCGGUGUCAGUCUGUCCAAUCAUCUCCGAGCUUACGCCCGAAGGAAGAAACUGGCCCUGGAGGAAGGAACAACAUAUGACUGCAGUGUGAAGCGAGCUCGCUCAAGAUCAGGGCCAAAGAGAAAAACGUUCCAAACUCAACCCACCACCUCUGAAGUGAUCUACACCCUCCCCUGCAGGUUUUGCGAUUUGGUGUUCGAGGGGCCGCAGCAUGUACAGGAGGACUGGGUGAAGCACUUGCAGAGACACCUCAUGCACAGCGGCACGGGCGCACCCAUGGUGGAGAUACCAGCUCUACCCGCCGUUCCCCCUGUGCGUGAGGAGCAGAGCGCUCCGGACCGCAUCACUCAGGGCCAAUGACCACGUUUACACACCCUUUUUAUUCACUUGACACCUCUUCUGCACAUGAACUGUGUAUAAAGACGUUUAUUUACAACUGUACAAAUGUAAAAGUAAAAAAUUAAACAAAAAUUAUGUUACAUAUUCACUCAUCGGCCACUUUAUUAGGAACACCAUACCCCUAAUGGGUACCACUUGCUCACCCACUUUCGCUCGUGUAGCCGCUUCAGUUGUUUGGUGUGGAUUUCUCAAGGUGUUGGAAACGUUCUCACUUUUCUACAUCCCAAAGGUGCUCUCAUUGGUUCAGAUCUGGUGACUGGGGAAGCCAUUGAAGUACACUGAGCUUAUCGUCACGUUAAUGGAACCAGUUUGUCAUAAACUUUGCUUAUAAGAGGGUAAAAUGUGGCCAUAAAGGGAAGCACGGCCAGCACCUCCACUCAUUUAGCCUGUAGCAUUAAAACCAAGCUUGAUUUUCCAUGUUGGGAAACGUCUUCCACACCAACCAGUACACCACCGAUACAGCUCCGUAUUUUGACAUUUUCCUCCCAAUCUGGUCGUAUCCAAUUACCAGAUUGCAUUACACUUCCUCUCUGUUGAUGUUGAUCUCCACUCUGAAUAAGAAGAGUCGUGACUAACGCGCGCCCCCUCCGACACGUGUGCAGAAGCCGACUGCAUCUUUUCACCUGAACGAAGAGAGUUCAUAUGUGGAUCAGCUUUGUGUACAGACAGACAGCAGAGGUCAUAACUGCAUCAGUUAUAAGGAAUCCCCUCCAGAACCAGUCCCUUGAACAACAAGCCAAUUGUUGUUCGUGUAGGCGCCUAGCCUGCCGGUAGCAGAGCUGAGAUUCGACCCGAUGAGUCCGAAAUGUCAGCUACCACUGCGCUACCUGAGCGCCCUAUUUAUGCCAAAUAUUGAUGUAAAUAUUUAAGCAUUUUUCAUUGUCUAGUUGGAGUGAUCCAGUACCUGUGCCCACAGUACCAAGAGUUCCAAGUGUUCUUGGUUGUAAGGAAGGAAACCCAGUGGGGUUCAGAGGUGUGGCUGAGAUGCUUUUCUCCUCUUUACGGUUAUAAAAAGUGCUUUGAGUUACUUUAGCCUUCCUGUCAUUUUAAACCAGCCUGGCCGUUCUUCCAUAAUAGCCGUUAGUACCAUAAAAAUCCCAGAUGAUCAGAUCAUCAAACUCGAACCAUCACCAACAGCCACGCCAGGGUCACAAUCACACACGUUAUAUUCUGAUGUUGGUAAAUAUUUACUGAAGCUUUUGACCCCCAUUUCUGUGUGAUGUUCGGCAUUGUGCUGCUGUACCUGUGCCCACAGUACCAAGUUCCAAGUGUUCUUGGUUGUGUGGAAGGAAACCCGGUUGGGUUCAGAGGGGUGUGCUGAGAUUUUUUCCUCUCUUCACUGUUUUAAAGAGUGCUUUAUUAGUUACUGUAGCCUUCCAGUUGUUUUAAACCAGCCUGGCCGUUCUUCCAUAAUAGCAGUUAGUACCAUAAAAAUCCUAGAUGAUCAGAUCAUCAAGCUUGAACCAUCACCAACAGCUACGCCAGGGUCACAAUCACACACAUUAUAUUCUGAUGUUGGUAAAUAUUUACUGAAGCUUUUGACCCACAUUUCUGUGUGAUGUUUAGCAUUGUGCUGCUCUCAUAUGACUGACUGAGGCAGGUGUACAGACAUUUCUAAUAAAGUGGCCAGUGAGUGUAUAUAUAACAGAUAAAUGUCUACCAAUAUAUAGAUAAAUAUAUAUAUAGAAAGACAGGUUUUCUAAUAUUAUUACAUUAUUCUUUUACUUUUUCUCUUGGCUGAUAAGGCAUGACAUUUAUGUCACAUGUAAAAGUAAGCACAUUCUCCUCUAAGGUUCUGUUUGUUCAGAGUAGAAGCAGGGAGAUCUAUUUUUAAAUCUCAUCUACACCUGUAGUGCUGCACUUGCUGACUCUAUUCCUUCGAUAUGAAAUGAUUAUAUGAUUCUUUUUUUAUGCAACCAGGAAAACACUGAAAAAAAUAGUAAGAAUGACCAUUAAUGAAAUCUUACUCUCUUAAUUUAAGGUAAAAUACAUCACUGUAUUCAAUUUUAUGCUUUAAAUCAAUCAGUAGGAAGUAGAAGUAGAAAAAGUAGUUUUAAAAGAAUAUUAUCAUUAUUGUUUUUUGUUAUUAUUUUACUUUGUUUCCAACAGUUCCAGUCAUUUGACCAGUGUUGCCAGAUCAUGUGAGAACCCUUACAAUCAGAUGUUUUUCCUUCUUGUAAUCAAACCAAAAAAAGGCUUUAGAAUGCUAACUAUCCUGUCCUUUUAACUGUCCUGUUAUUGCUUCAUUGUAAUAGUGGUUAAUACCCACUAUUAAAAGUGGAAACCAGAUGCUUAGGUGGCACCGCACUGCUUAGGUCUGAUGCACUAGCCCACCAUCGCUAGAUCUCAAUCUUGAGCGCUCAAGUUGUACUAUGUGCUAUCGACCCCCUGGGCAUCCAACAGGCACAGUUGGCUGUGUCUGGAUGGAGCACAUUUUAAUCUGGCCCUGUCUGAUUUCCUGAUUGUGAGAAAGAAGGCAGAAAUGCAACAAUUAAUACAUAAUUAUAAAUAAAUAAUUAAAGAAGUGAAAACUUAUCUGGCAACUCUGAACCUGUUACCUGCAGGUAACUGUACAAUUUACAGUGCUGUGAAAAAAAUAAAUUUCUUUUAUAAUUGUC